AAUAAUGAUCUCAAAUCGCGAUUAACAGGGAUUUCAAGCAACUCGUGGACGAACUCAGCCUCCAAUUCAGCUAAUUCUCUGAAUUCAGUCGCAUCUCAACAAAGCCUUAAUGUACUGAAGAGUUCACCAAAGACAAAAGUCGCGCCGAUUAAUGAUAUAAAUGAUUGGCCGACUCUGGGAGAAGUCCACAAACCAGAGACCUCAAAACGCAAUUCAAGUGCUGACGAAAACCUAACUAACGAUUCGGCGAUUCCGGCAUCGGUUGAGCCAUCAGUGCCUUCAACUCCUAACAAAUUAGCCAAUAAUCACAUAAACGACUCGACGCCGCCAUCUCUGCAAUCAAUGUCCUCAUCAAACCAUUGCAAUCCCAAUCGCGACAGCUCUCAGACAUCACAACCCCAGUCAUCACUAGACGACGAGGACUCAGCCAAUGAGGCACUCGAUCGUGACGGCGGACACUCGUCAGGACCGGGAACUGGACCCGAAUCUACCGCUACUACUCCCAAAUCGGCCAAAAAGAAAGGUAUC